CAUUUGUAAAUAUGGACUCCAAGAGCUAGAUCUAAACUUAAGUCUAGUUUUUGCACAAAACCGAAACAAAAAGAUCUAGACCAUCCAUAGAUAUUAUUGUAUAGAAUCUAUAGAUCUAGAUCUAGUCAUGAGUAAAGUAAAAAGUGUUUUCAUUAAAGAAUUUGGUAGUGAUGCUGAUGAGUCUAUACAAACUAUCAAGAUAAGCGAUGCUUUAUGUGAAAUCCUGGCAAAAGAUCCAUUUUGUGGUCGAUCUGAUUACUCCGAUCUUCCAGGAGCAAGUGUAAAUCACAGACAUAAUUCGAGAUCUGGUUCUGGAUUUCCUUAUCGGAAUGCUUCUUUGGAGCAGCAAAAGAGGCAAGAAGCAAGAUUGCGCCAGCAAGCUAAAAGAGAAAAAAUUGUGCGUGAGCGAGAAGAAAGGAGAUCAAAACAGCAACACUAUAAAUUAGAAAGGCGUAGACAGCAAGAAAUAAUGAAAACUUUUCAGGAAAGUUUUAAAAAAAAAGAUGAAGAUUCUGGUCUUAUACUAAGUUCUCCUGAAAAGUAUUCAACAGGUAAAAAUAAAGAAGACAGAGAUUCCUUUCUUUAUGAAAAAUUUAAACUGAACUUGUGCCAGAAAAGUAAGGCCAUUUUAACUGACAAAAAAUGUGAUAAAAAAAGUUUUAAAAAUUUACAAAAUAAGGAAAUGGUUAAGACUAGCUUGAAAAGUGAUUUAUUCCAAGCAAACUUAAAGGGAAUGACUCACACAAAUGAAGAUUCAAAAAGUGUUCAUCAGAUAAAAGAUUGUGACAAUGUAUCUUCUUCUUCCCAUUUAAAGUUAACAUUUAAAAAGACUCCUAAUUCUCAGAAAACAAACAUAAACAAAUCAGGAUCUAAUAUUUGUAGAACAAUUCCAGAGAUUGUUGAUGCAGACAGCAGUACACAAGAUAUAGUUGUUAGAAGUACAAGAAAGAAGAAGAGAAUUUGUUAUGAAGAAUUACCAGAUGAAGAUACAGAAGAGGAAGAAGAAGAACCAGUUUUGUCCUCCUCAGAGAUGGACAGAAAAUGUUUGAAUGAAAAUGUAAGUUUUCAAAAACAAACUCAACCUGUCAAUUUACCUCCAAAUUUUUUAUUGGCUCCAGGUGGACAAGCUAGUCAAGAGAUUCAUGUUGAUCAAAUAUCAAACCUUAUAAACCAUACAGGAUGCAGUAAAGUAAACAUCUCACCUAAUUGUUUUAGUCAUAAUAAUGCUUUAAAUUUUGUACAGGAUCAAACACUUUUGAAUAAUACUAAUAAUCCCAGCAAGUCAUUUGCAGAAAGUGUUAUUGUAAAUCUGAAUGAUUGCAGUUUACAAGCAAGAAUUUUAAAUCCUUGUAAACUAAGCACUUCAACAAGAGUUACAUCAAACUAUACAGGAACUACUGCAAUAGUUUCUAAUAUUCUUCAAAAUAAUAAUAGCACAUCUGUGUCUGAAGCAUUAAGCCCUAAUGGUAGCAACAGGGGGACAAAGAAUUGUGAUGCAAGAACAGAGACACUUAUCAACAAACUCUCACCAUUAUAUCCAACGCAAUCUUGUAUGAACCAAGUUUCUAGUUGGCAUGGUCAUUUAAAUAGAAUUCUUGUAAGUAGUGCAACAUCUACAGAAGUUUCAAAUCAUCCAUAUUUACAUCAAACAAUGGCUGAAACCAAUCAAUUUAACAAACCUCAAUCUAUAAACAAUCAUAUGCCUUCCUAUCACCAUAAAAUGACAAGUUUGCCACAAACAUCUCAAGCACAAUUUUCUGCUAGAGAAUUACCCUGGAGAAGUUCAGUUAAUUGUGAUACUAACGGCUUCAACACAAUGUCACUACAAAAAAAUAAUCAUUUCCAAAGCCCUGAAAUUCUUAGUCCAUUGUCUAAUAGUUUAUCUAAAAAUGAGAUUAAAGAAUCUAGCUGUAGUGAAAAUAACAAUAAACUUCAGUUGAACUUUAAGUCAUUCACCAGUACUGACAAGUUCUACAAUAAACAGGCAAAUCAAUAUAGUAUUAAUUUUUCUCCAGCAUCUACUACCCAUUGCACAGAUGAAAAUAUAGUUAUUGAUCCUGCAUCUCUUCAUAGACAAGUUGGUAUACUGCAUCCAUUUAAAAAUCUUAAAACAUCAACCAAUACUGAAAUGAAACAAACUGAAAACACUUAUUUAAGUAAUCAACAAGACGGUAUGUUAAAAAUAAUGUCUUCUAAUAAUAGUUUAUUCUCCAACCAUUAUUUUAAAAGAGACAUUUCAAAAACAUGUGAAAGCCAAUCUUCAAACAUGAAUUCAGAGAUGAGCUGUCUUGAAACCAGAAGACAUCAUGAGCAGAUAACCACUGACUGUGAUUCUGUAUCUAGAAAUAUUCUCAGUAAUAUCAUUUCUAAAAGAAAGUCUGAGCAGAUGAAUUCAGAAAGUAUAUCUGAACUAAGUCAUAUGUUCACAGACAGUAUUUCUAAAGUAAGACAAUCUCAAAAACUUGUUGCUAAUCUCUUAUCUCAAGAAGAAUUGGUGGAUGAAAGAAAAUCUAUCUCCACAAUGUCAUCAAAAAAUUUAGCACAACCUAUUGCAAUGAAUGUAGUAAGCUCUACAUUAAAAAGCAAAGAUGAAAAGGCUCUUAACAAAUCUUCAUUAGUUUUAUCUAAACUAGACAAUACCAGUAAACAAUUUCAUGAAAUAACUUUGAAGUCUCCUCUUACUUCUUCAGCAGUAGUACCAAAUAACAAAUCAAACCUUGAAGUAAUUGAAUGCAAAAAAACAUUACCAGUUCUUUGUAAUACCAGGAAAGAAAGUACAAUCCACAGCCAGUCCUCAUCUCUGCCUCAGGUUGCUGUUGUUAUUGAACCACCUGUUUUGCCAAAAAAUACUUUAGAACCAUUACCAUCAAGGCAUGUUUCUGACUCUAGCAAUAAUAUAAGUUCACAGUCUGAUUGUUUGGAUAACAGAGAAAUAGAAAGUCAGUUUACUGUAACAGUAUCAUUACCAACAGUAAAUUUAAACCACUCUGUUGAAAUUGAGCCUGAUCUGUCGUUAGUGAAAUGUGAAGAUGGUGGAAUACCAGUAAGCUUGCACUUAAAAGAGAUUAUUGAUCUUAGUGUUGAAAUUGAAGAUGUUAUACCACAAGAUAGAAAUCAUACUGCUUUCAAUGAGACAGAUAUAAGUAAAAAAGUAGUGCCAGUAACUGAAUCCUGCCUACAGAAAGAAGAUAUCAGUAUACCUGUAGCAAGUGUUGAGUCAGUAAUUUCAAAUGAAUCUAGUCUGGAGCCUUCAUCGCUACUUCACCAUGGGCCUAGCAGAAACAGUUUGACAAACAUUUCAACAGCACAACAAAUAUCCUCAACUAGAGUUCAACAAGUCAUUGCUAAAAUUGCUUCUUGGUCUAAAGUUCAAGUACAUAAUUGGUUGAAAGCUCAUCAUAUGGAUAAAAUCUGUCCAAAUUUAAGUGACCUUGAUGGAGAAGGCCUCAAGAGAUUGGCAUUACAGUACAUGCAUGACUCUGAUUCUUUCUACACGGGCGUAAAGAAAAGUUUGGGAUUGAGUCUGUUUCAAACCUUAGUUAUUUGCCGUAGCAUGAAAGAACUUACUGACGUGGAUGAUUAGAACCAAAUGUAUUUUGAAUUUCUAGUCAAGUAGUUUUAAAAAUGAAAAACAAUUCAUUUUCUCUUUCUACAUGAUUUAAAGAUAAACAUAAUUCAUUUUGUUUUAUAAAUGUCUUUAAAUUGCUCUAAUAAUUUAUGAAAUUUAAUUAGUUAUUUGGCAAUGUUUUUUUUUCUUGUUUGUAAACACAAAGAGUGUAGAGCAAACUUUUUUUACUUAUUUAUGCUUGAAGGUGACACCACUGAUAAAUAAAAAAAAAAAUUUUUGUUACUGUAUUCCUAAUGUGCAUCUUAUGUUUGUAUGAAUUAUACUUUUGUUUUAAAUCCUAAUUUAUUUUAAUUUUACACAAGACUUAAGAAAGUAUACGCAGUCCAUUGGUUGGAAAAUAAUUUAUUAAUUAGGAUGAAGUACUACAUUGGUUAGUGUUAAAUGGGAAACAAUAAAACUUCACACAAAUUA